AUGCAUAAAGUAUUCUCAAGAGUUGUUUAUGCUGUGGCUCGUGUGAACAGAAGCUAUCAAGGUUCCGGGCGCCCAUUCAGAUAUCCGCCGUUUUUGGGCUCCUCUGUUGUUGUCGGCACGUACCUGGGCUACCUUUUGCUAACUGACAGCGAACAUCCCCCGGAAUACUAUCCAAACGACUUGAGUGCCACACUGGUUCGUCGUCUUCCACUGAAUGGCGUAUCCAGACUGAUCUCAUGGAUCAUGGAGUGCAAAAUACCUGUGGGUAUGAGACCGUUCGUCUAUGGUUCCUACGCGCGGCUGUUCGAUUGUGAUCUAACCGAAUUGAAACAAACUGAUUUGAAAGCCUAUCCGUCCCUGGCCGAGUUUUUCACCCGGGAACUGGCUCCGAGUGCACGACCGAUCAAUUCCAAAGCACAAUUGGUUAGUCCAUCAGACGGCCAAAUUCUUCACUUUGGUCCGGUCGACCCGAUUCGUGGUGUUUUAGAACAGGUCAAAGGUGUGAGUUAUUCCCUACCCGAAUUCUUCGGUUUGCCGAAUCAUCGACCGACUGCGAAGCAGCAUAUCUUGCGUCCAUUGUGGCCAGCCAAAAUUUCGACCACGGAUAAACAGUUGUAUCAGUGCGUGAUCUAUUUGGCCCCCGGAGAUUGCCAUCGAUUCUAUAAUCCAACAGAUUGGUCAGUUUUGACUAGAAGACAUUUUCCUGGAAAAUUGCUAUCUGUAAAACCUCGAGUUGUCGCUCGUCUUCCCGGGUUGUACGCAAUGAAUGAACGCGUUGUUUAUCUGGGCCGAUGGGCGUACGGUUUCAUGUCGCUCACCGCGGUCGGCGCUGUCGGGGUCGGUGGAAUCGAUGUCUCUCUGGAUCCAACUCUCGUGACCAAUGCUCGCGCGGACCAGCCAUUUCGUAUUCAAGCCCGAGCCGCCGAAUCGACCACACUACCUUCUUACCGAGAGCGUGAAAUGCCCCAGGGGACGCAUGUGUUCAAAGGACACGAGUUUGGACGAUUUCAGUUUGGUUCAACUAUUGUGCUGGUAUUUGAAGCCCCGGUCGGAUGUGUAUCGUGGCCUAUUGAAAUUGGACAGCAUGUAAAAAUUGGUCAAGCUUUGUUUGAAAUUGAUGGAAUUGAGUAA